UUCUUCUCCUUCUUAGUUUUGGAUUUGAGAUUCAUGGUCGUUUUCAACAGGCUCCUUCUGUCGUUCUAGGAGUUGCUCCAAAUGGCGCAGAAGAAGUUGUUCUGGGUGUGGGUAACUGCAUCACUCCUCUUCCGGCUCCUUCUGAUAUAUUUCCCCAAAAACCUCAAUUUGGGUUCUCGCCCUGAAGUCGCCACACCUCUCACUAGUCUCCGUCGUUUGGCCGAAGGUUACUGGUUAAAGCAGUCAUCAAUGUCUCCGUACGCAGGAUCAAUGUACCAUGGUUCUCCGCUGCUGCUGUCCACUCUUGGGCCUUUAACUGUUAAGAGGAUUAAAGGGCAACCUAGUCAUCUUAUUUGCAGUUUGCUGUUUGUGAUAGCAGAUUUUGUUACUGCAAUGCUUAUCCGUGCAACUGGUCAGAAUCUUCAGUUGGCAUAUAGACAGAGUUUGAAAGCACUAAAAGUUGCCACAUCUGAGAUACUUUCUGCUGGAGAUAUUGCUGCUCUUAUAUACUUAUGGAAUCCUUUAACAGUAGUUACUUGUGUGGGAUAUUCCACAUCUCCCAUUGAAAACCUGAUGAUUGUCUUGACCCUUUAUGGAGCAUGUUCACGUUUGGCUCCCUUGGCGGCAUUUGGGUGGGUCAUUUCAAUGCAUUUGUCUCUUUAUCCUGCUGUCCUAAUUAUACCAGUGAUUCUCUUAGUAGGAUAUGGUCCUGAUGCUCCUCCAAGGAAGUUGUUCCUGAAAGGAAACUUUGGGACAGAUGGGAAUGACCCCUCAAAUCUUAGCUGCUAUCAAGGCAAUGAAGUGACAACUCACAAGAUGCUUCCAAUUCGACCUUUCUUGUGGAAACCAGUCUUGCAUUUCAUAUUCUGGGCGUUCAUCUGGUCAGUUCAUGUAUUAGUUCUCUGCAGCAUCUCCCUUAAACAGUAUGGGGGACUCUGGGAAAUGCUCAAAAGAACACAUGGCUUUAUUCUAACUGUGGAAGAUCUUUCCCCAAAUAUUGGUGUCUUAUGGUACUUCUUUGCGGAAGUUUUCAACUUCUUCACAGGUUUCUUUUUAAUGGUUUUCCAUGUGAAUAUUUUAUUUAUGAUAUUGCCAUUGGCUGUACGCCUCAACCACCGGCCGUGCUUUCUGGCUUUUGCAUACAUUUUGAUAUCUUCAAUGCUUAAAUCUUAUCCAUCGGUUGGAGAUUCAGCUCUGUACUUGGGGCUACUGGGCUUAUUUAUUAAUGAAUUAGCAGACAUGCAAUUCUCUUUCUUCCUGUUCUGUGGAUACAUUGGAGUUUCUCUUCUCAGUCCUGUAAUGCACAACCUGUGGAUUUGGAGGGGUACUGGCAAUGCCAACUUCUACUUUGCUACUGGAAUUGCUUAUGCAUGCCUACAGAUUAUUUUGGUGGUUGAGAGCAUAGGUGCCAUGCUGAACCAUGAUCGGACACUUAGAAAGAAAUCAACUGAAUGUCCUUGAGAUGGCUGGUUUUGGGGAGAUUUUGACCAUCCCUUGUAGCAUAUGUGUUCAUAAGCUACUUGAUGAUAUUUUUUGUAAUCCCACAGCAGCAAAGUCAUUGUGUUGAAGACGCUAUUCUGCUUGUAGUUUGCUAACUAAAUGAGAUAUGCUGAUUCUUAUUUC